GCCGGAUUAAGGAUUAUUCGCUAGUCAUAGGUUCAUCGAGAGGACGGUACAGGUCCUCGAAUAAUUCAUCAUCAUCGUCGUUUAUUCGUUUGUGGUCGCGAGUGCUCAAAUACUUGAAUCGCGGUGCUUCGCUAUUUUUCCGAUUUUAGUGCUGUUUUUGCGGUGCUGUUUGUUUUCUUCUCGUCUUGACUACGUCGUCGUUCGCGGGUCAAGAUGAAGGUUUUAAUCGUAUUCUCGCUGAUGACUGUGUGCGUUUUCGGGCGUUACGUUAGUCGAGCCGAUAACAAUAAUAAUAAUAAUAUAUUAAACAAAUGCGCCGACGGAAUACAAGAGUUCGCCGAUUGCGUUAAAUACAAAGCCAUCAAAUUGAUCGAUCACGCUAUCACCAACAAGAAGCCGAUCGCCAUCGCCAAUUUCCUCUACCUUACGCACGAUAACGUUACCAAUGGCGCAGCCGCCGAUAAUAUGGUGGCCGAUGAAGAGGACGCACUCAAGGCCGAAGAUGUUGACAACAAGUUGACCGAGGUGUUGAUCAGAAGGGUGCGAAUGUUGGCUCAGACUAAAAAUUUGCAAAUUAAAUUAGACGGCGAACAAGAACAAAGCGAAGGCCGCAAGAAGGACAAAGACAAGGAUAAGGGAGGUCAAAUGACCAUGAUGAUGGGAGCCGGAGCGAUGAUGAUGCACAUGGCCAUGUCUAAAAUCGCCCUAAUCGCCGGUAAAGCUCUAAUCGUCGCCAAAAUCGCCCUGGUCAUCUCAGCAGUGCUGGCUUUGAAGAAAAUGAUGAGCCAAGACGACGGUCACGAAUCGACGCAAGUCAUAUACAAACAAUCCGACUCCGGGCACGGAGGCGGCGGCGGCGGUGGAUGGCACCGUAGCAUUGACCACGACGCUCACGCUCACCAAAUGGCAUACGGUGGUCAAGUUCAAGAUCAUCAUCCUUAAAAACAACAUAUUUACAUACGUUAUUUUUCCGACUGCAUUUCGUGUUUUUCCUCCUCUCUCUCUAUAAGUAAUUUAUUUAUUGAUUUAUUUAUUUUCUCGAAUUAUUAAUGAUUCGAGUACCUAUUUUCUUUUUUGUAUUUUGUUGCGAGUGUGUGAGAGAGUGUUACGAGUACCUAUACUUUCAUGUUUUGUUUUUAUUAUUUUUCGAUGUGGAGGUGGAAGUGGUGUUCUUUCCUCCUCAUCUUUACUCGUAUUAUUCGUGAGUCGGUUUUUGUUUGUUUGUUUGUUAAUUGUUUUCUUUUUUUUUUUUUGAUGAAAUAAAAGUUGUCGUUCGAGUGGAACAGGA